UCUUGUUGGAAAGCAACCAUAGAAAUCUCACGUAGAUAUGUGGUACGUGCUGUGAAUAGGACGCGUUUUAUGUCGCAAAUGCUUCGAAGCGUCGUACAGACCAAUCGCGUUCUUUCUUCAAGCAUUUCAAAGCGUUUGCAGUUUCAAGUGGAUCGUAACCUAUAUAUUUGCCUGUGUAUACGCGCGCGCGCAACACACACACACACGCGCGCGCGCGACAUUCGACCAAUCAGAGAGUGACGGUCAUAACGCAUGCGCGAGGUUUUGUACGAAUUUUCCGGGGCCGUGUAUUUAGGCCAAGUUAGCAGUCUAGUUGAUCUGCGUUCAGAAACGCCGCACUGAGGAUCAUAUAUGUAAUACCACUACAUAGCCAGGGUGAGAGAGAAGUCUCGCAACUACGGUGCGGAAAUAUGUAUUUCCCUCUCUUUUUGAACGUAAUGCGCAUGCAUCGGAUUGACGUCUCCGCCAAUAGAAAAAUAAAAUAUAUUUUAGCACAUGUAUAUAUAUAUAUUUUAUUAUAUUUUAGCACAUGUAUAUACAUAUAUAUCAUCUGAUCCCCGCGUCUGCGCACUACAGUCAAAAUACAUAUAUCGGACAUCGUCUGUCUUUCCCUUCUGAAACGGCUCUCUCUUAUAGACAGCAUGAGACAACUGGCUAUAUAGUAUUAUAUAUAUGCUGAGGGUGACAUUUAAUUAACCAAUCAUGAUGAAGAAAUAUUAGGCUGAUAUUUAUAGUCGAUCUUAUAUUUAAUCUUAUAUUUAAGACUAUCUCCAGUUUAUCUUCAAAUAUUUCACGGCUCAUUUCAUUGGCUACGAAACAUCAGAAGAUAAAUUUAAAUAUAAGCCCGGAUCUAUAAUAAGUAUAGUAAAUUGUAAACCGGAACAUCCGUCAACGAUAAAGAAACGAUUUUUUAGCGUGUUUAUCAUGACUCUCAUUUCACCGGUACCCUUGUACUUUGGAAUGAACGAGAACGUAUUCCAAAAGGCGACCAUUUGGGAGUUGCUGGGUCUACGGUGGUCGGGCUUGAUACAGGCGACUGUGAUACCGUUGCUCCUAACGAUGAUCCUGUUCCUAGGUCCUCUGAGUCUGCAGGGCUUCAAUGGACUCUGGCGAUUGUACACUGAGCCGAUGUAUUGGUUGGGCAGUGUGAGAACAUUGAUUUGGUGGAGGAAUCAGGUGGUCGCCCCGUUGUCCGAGGAGUGGACCUUCAGAGCUUGCAUGUUGCCGUUGCUCUUACAGUGCUUCGCGCCGACUACUGCCAUAUUCCUGUGUCCCCUUUUCUUCGGGGUGGCUCAUUUCCAUCACGUUGUGGAGAGGAUAAAGAUGGGCAUGGGGAUUAAGCAUGCGCUGUUUAUAUCCUGUUUCCAGUCCACGUACACGACGUUGUUCGGAGCGUACGCAGCCUUCCUCUUUGCCAAAACAGGCCACUUCAUCGCACCGUUCGCUGUGCACUCUUUCUGCAACCACAUGGGAUUCCCCGAUCUCUCGGAAGUAGCGGCGUACAAAGAUCCGCUGAAGAGGGCCGGACUGCUGUGUUUGUUCGUGGUCGGCUUAGUCGCUUGGUGCUUUCUAUUGACGCCGCUGACUCAUCCGUCGCUGUUCUAUAACGAUUUAUUUUGGCAUAAACGUUUUACAUGAGACACGUCCGAUUUAUAACAAAUGGUUGGGUUGGAUUCUUGCGACGCUUUAUUUACGAGAGUGGCUAGAAUGAAAUGUUUUCACGCGGGGUCCGACCGCUUUAUCGAUCUAACAGUUUACAUUGUUGUGUGACUUAAUAUCGAGUUUUAACGGUAUAACACUUGUCUCGAAAGUCGAUUUCCCGCGCAUCUCGCGGACUCGGCAUGAUUUUAUAUCGAUUAAUUUUCUAAACCAAGAGAGAGAGAGGGAGAGAAAGAGAUAACAAUGUAGGUAGGUUUAAUUUUAACUGAUCGUACAAUUCUUGUUACGAAAUAUAUCACCGUAGUGCCUGAGGUUUAAUUAGACUUUUAUAGCGGUAAUUGCGAGUGUUACAAUAACUAUUGCGAACAAUGCGAAUUUGUUCUCAAAGCCAAAGUGCGGAGGCUCGUACGUAUUAUCGUUUUACGAAUUGCUGUGUACAUCGUACGUCGCAUGCAAUAUCGCAUUAUUUUACGAUUUUAAGACGUCGGUUAAAUGUUAUCGAUAUUAUCGUUUCAAGGAGAUUUUUGUAAAAAAAAAACCAAGAACUAUAAUAUAGAUUAUUAUAGUAUAAUUGAUAAUGUAUCGAGAGAAAGUUUCUAAAUCGAUCUUUCUAAUCGUCUACUUUUGUAACGAUCUGUAUGUACAGUGUACCUACGCAUGUGUGUGUGUGUGUGUGUGUGUGUGUGUGUGUACAGGGAUGACAGUCACGUGCAUUCAAACGCGAGUGAAACGUGCUACACGUAUACCAAUGGUUUAUUUAAAUCACAGAAGUGUAACGGUUGUAACAAUAUUACAAUACAAUUUUUUAUGUAUGUACAUGUACGUCGAUGACGUAUGCAUUGUACCAUGCGGUGAAGUCACAGGUACGUAAGUAUUUUCAUACACGUACAUGCGAGAUAUCCGAAAGCCACACAGUAACAAAGCCGAAUACUUGCGCGUAUAUUCGGACUUGCAAAUUUGACUUUUCAAUAUCCAUAUUAAUUGCAUACGUAACGUAUACCACACACAUUUGUUACUCGAGAGAUACGAUGAUGUUGUCGCUGAAGUCGUCAACUUUUGAAAUGAUAUUCAGGGGUAUGAAAUGUUGAUAGUGAUAUAAUGUUGAAAUAUUACUAAGUGUUUUACAGUUGGGGUAAAAAGAUCGCAGUGUGCUCUAUGCGAGAAAAUCGAUAUAUAACAAUGUUCUACAAACCGACUUACCACACCGAUAGCUUCCCUUCGAGUUCGAUAGGACUUGUUGACUUCGUUUCAACAGAAAUCGCGGGGAAACGAUGUACGUUUCCGUGUACGAUUAUCUCCUUUCAUUCUUUUGUAACAUUAAUACAGAAUAUAUAUAAUUCUAAACAAAACACUUUAA